UAAAAUCUUCCAAAUGAUGAAAAGCACAGAGAUUACUGACAAUAUUAAGUACUAUGAAGAUAGGAAGCUUAUAUUUAAGAAAUUAUAUACAAUUGGACAGUUUCUUUACCUUGCUGACAUCAGCCCAAAGAAUGAGAUUCUUGAUAAUAAAAUAAAAGAAUUAGAAAAGGACCUACAGGACGAAUUUUUAAAGAAACCCCGGAUUUUGAAGUUUGUGGAGAAGCUAUCCCAGAAGAAGCAUGAUUCCCAAAAUGAAGAAGAAGGAAAAGGACUUCCCUCAAACGAAAUUCUAAAAGAGUUGAGAAUAUUCACAGCUAUUGAUUACGUCCUAAUUGCGAACUAUUUAAUAAUUGACAAAGCAGAUGCCCUAAUCAAGGAUCUUGAAGGAAAAGAAAAUAUUACUUAUGAAGAAGUCAUCCAGCAUCUCAAUAGAAUUCUAAAGGCUAAAAGCACUGUAGACGAAGUCUCUAUAGUUAAAAAGAUGUUGAAAUAACAGGAUUUUAGUCCCUAUUAUCAGAAGAAAGGGACCUACUCCUCCUACUUCGAGAAAGAGGAUUCUUAAUAACUGUAUCAAGCUACGCCAAAAAUUUGUUAAUGUAUUGUAUCCUGAAACAGAUGAUGGAAAUCUCUCAGAAGAUGACAAGUCCUCAACACUUACUAAAACUAGAAUGGAAAGAGAAGAAGAAUUUAAAGACCCUGAUAUUGAUCAAGAGUAA